UUUCUGGACGACAGCGACAAUGUGAAUUACUAUUAAAGAUGGCGCUACCUACCUUUGUUUUGUGAAUCAAGAGCAUUUCUGGUUGCCGAACAGGCCGAGAAAAAGUGUAAACAGACAAUUUAUUAGUUAGGUUAGGUUAAUUUAUUUGAGCGAAUUAUAAUACAUAAUUAUGUCUGACGAAGAAGUACAAUACGUUAAAAAACAGAAAACCAUCCACUAUGGAUCUUUGGAAGAAUCUGAAAGAGCCAGAUUGGAACAAAAAGACGAAGAUAAAAGUGAGGAUGAAGAAACUAACAGCGUACCUCAAGUACACACUACAAAUGAAUAUAUGGAACUGGAAGAUGCUAUGUCCAGGGACAAACAAGCAUUGCUUGAGGAGUUUGAAAGGAGGAAAAAGGCUAGAUCGAUUAAUGUUUCAACCGAUGAUGCUGAGGUGAAAAGGAAUUUGAGACAACUUGGAGAACCCAUUUGUCUUUUCGGAGAAGGUCCCGCCGAGAGAAGAAGUAGGCUUAGGGAAAUAUUAAGCCGAAUAGGUGAAGACGCUGUAAUCAGAAGAGAAGCUGAAGAAGAACGCAAACUUUUUGAGAAAGAUCAAGAAACUACCUGGUAUCAUGAAGGACCCGAAUCUUUGAGAAUUGCCAGGCAUUGGAUAGCUCAUUAUUCAUUACCAAGAGCAAAGGAACGGCUGGAAGAAGCAAGAAGGUUGCUUGAUUGUAACAGUGCUACCAAAACAGCUAAAAUGCAAGAACUCCAAAAGAGAAUACAGGUAUUGUCGAUUCAUGCCAGUCAGAUUGGAGAUACAAGACCUAUAUCUUUCUGUCAAUUCAGUCCAGAUUCCAAAUUACUAGCGACUGCAUCUUGGAGUGGUCUCUGUAAAAUAUGGUCUGUGCCAGACUGCGAAUUAAAGCAGGUACUGAAAGGACAUACCUGUAAUGUAGGGGCCAUAGUUUUUCACCCCCAGGCUACACUGAGUCUUGAUGAGAACGUUUGCAAUAUGGCAUCUUGUGCUUCCGAUGGAUCUGUCAAAUUGUGGGAUUUGAAAGGAAAGGAACCGAUUGCAGACAUAGAAGGUCACAUGCCUCACAGGGUUUCUCGCAUGGGAUUCCACCCUUCCGGCAGAUUUCUUGGAACUUGCUGCUACGAUAACUCCUGGAGAUUGUGGGACUUACAACAGUGCACCGAAGUGCUCCAUCAAGAAGGCCAUGUCAAACCUGUACAUUGCAUUACGUUCCAAAUAGAUGGCUCUGUUUGCGCUACAGGAGGCUUAGAUUCCUUCGGCAGAGUAUGGGACUUGAGAACAGGCAGAUGCAUCAUGUUCAUGGAGGGUCAUCUGCAAUCCAUAAUCGGCAUAGACUUCUCCCCUAACGGUUAUCACAUAGCCACAGCGAGCGAAGACAACACAUGCAAGAUCUGGGACCUGAGAAAGAGGAACAUACUGUACACUAUCCCGGCCCAUACAAACUUGAUUUCGGACGUGAAGUUCCAAAGAGAUGGGGGCGAUUACUUGGUGACUGCCUCCUACGAUAACACAGCCAAGUUGUGGACCAACCGUACUUGGCAACCGUUGAAGACUCUUUCUGGUCACGAUGGAAAGAUUAUGUGUUGCGAUAUAUCUCCGGAUAGUCAAUAUAUUGCUACUUGUUCGUAUGAUAGGACAUUUAAAUUGUGGGCCCCCGAAUGAUGUCAGUUAAGUGAUUUUAUUUAUUGUUAAGAAAUGUUCUUUUUAAUAAAAUUCUUGUACAUUGUU